AUGACUACUAUGUCUAAACAGGUCACAGGUUUAGCUGGCCCACCACUGCGCGUCCUGGGCGAUUUGGUCGCGGACGGCCUAGCUCCAGAGCACUGGGAACCAAAUUCCUCUAUUCGAGUUUGUGCUCUGUGCAAAUUCGAGUUUCCAGAUCCUUUAGCGGAUGGUAUCCCUGAUUCCAUGCUGACCCCUGGACGAACAAAACCGGCCGUCGAACCAGCUGGUGAACAUCGAACAAGCACUCGAUAUGAGACUCCAGAUAUUAAUUCCCGACCUCCAACCAGCUCGGCUGGUCGCAAACAGCCAAAACGAGGUACUGUUUUGCUUCCCCGCACCUCCACCCUAACCAGUCUGUCCGACCAGGAAGAUGAUAUGAUUGGCCAGUCCAGACCUAAAUCUACCUCUGCGGUUAAAAAGAACGAGGACGACGUAGAACAAAGCCGCCGUAGUGCGCCGCGUCAUUCAGUUCCCGGUAGCCAAACCCCAAUUGUAGACAUAGCCAAACAUCAUUGUCGAGCAUGCGGUCGCGGUGUGUGCGGUGCUUGUUCGGCCAGCAGUAUCCCUGUCCCCGGCUUUGGUCCCGCACCAGUUCGCGUCUGUGAUGAGUGA